UUACUCCCACGGUAAACCCACAGAAGGCGUAACUAUCCUUACCUUUUCGAAGCAGUGAAGUUCGGCAUCUGUCCCCCAAACCCUAUCGUAUCCUAGCACAAGUAUCACAAUGGCAUAUUGGGGUUAUAAAACCCCUGCCAAUUUUGCUGUCUGGGUACUCAUUACAGUCUUGUUGGUGACUGGAGUCAUUUGGCUUCCAAAGGGUGGCGCGGAUACCGCAGGCUGCGGCUAUUGCUGGACGCAGUUUGACGAUGGUCCCUUGAAUGAUAUGGCCUUGAUCAACAGCACAAAAGUUGGUGGCAUCGACAAGGGCUGCCUCGUCGCUGCGUUCUCCUUCAACUUGUAUGAGCCCGAGGAAGCGGCUAAAGUUGGUGCCAGGGAUGACUUCUACUGGUUUUGCCUGAACAGCGGGCCCCUUGCUCAGAUGAUUGGUGGCGCCGUCGUCUUUGGCGUUGGCCUCCUCCUGCUAACGUACUUCUGCUGCUGUGCUGUCAAGCCGUCUUCAGCGGGCACUGCUCCAGUGUAACACGACCUGGACCAGGAGCCAUGCAAGCACCGUAUCCAGUGGAUUCUUUCUUGUAGGCUUCAGGGAAUCUUUUCAACCGGCCUGGCAGCGGCCUUGGGUCAUAUGGCACCACCUUACACAUCCCAAGUCCUGGGGUUUCCGACGAGAAAGUCCUGGUACGUCCGGUAGGCGAUGUCUCGAGUGCAAACGUGGUAAGCGGAGAGAAGUAGUUGGCAGCGCCCAGUGAUCAAAGACCGAUUGCAGAGUAAUGCUCAUGCCAAGCUCGUCACAACUGCAUGUGCAUACACCUCGUCCUGAUGCUUUUUUUAUCUCGAUAAGAAGUUGGUUCCUGAUAGCCAUGCAAAGUGGCUAGCAAUCCGUUCAUGCAUGUACGGCACUGGACACUGCGAUGGCUGUCAGCGUGUACGACACUGGAUGCUGCUGUGAUUGGGUAGAGUGUACAUGGCAGAAAAGGUGGGAACACCGCUGGGCCCUGUUGAUUUGGUUUGGUACUUCCUCGAAACGAACUUUGUCCUCGUUUGUCUUCCCUACAUUUACUAGAUCAUGCACUUACAAGGACUUACAGUGGCUUUUCACCAAGCACGCUGGUGUAACAAACGUCUUGCCUUUCGCCGUCGUGGGGCCCUUUACUCUCUGUAUGAGUAUACACGCAGUCCAUCCAUGAUUUGAAAGUGCCGAUGAUUAGGAAACGUUGGUACAGUUGAAGAUUCCGCUUAUACGGUGUUGAGUCUUGGUGCGUGGCAGCCCAGAGUGGCUGCUCUCGGGAGUUUGUAACGGUUAUGAGUGUCUUAUACAGCAGUGUUCAAAUUCAACACACCGCAGUGCUAUACCGACUUGUGCUGAGUAAUCAG